AGAGACUGAUCUUAUUAUUCAAAAUAGGUAUCAAUAAAUUUCAAUGAUGUUCAGUGCACCAAGCACAUUUGGAACUACAAGUACUGGCUUUGGAGGUUUUGGAAAUACCUCCACAACUCCAGCAACGGCUAAUCCUAUGAAGGAUUUUGAGGUGAUCAACCCUCCUGAUGACAGCGUGCAGUGCUUGGAGUUCUCUCCUGCUGCAUUACAACAGGACUUUCUGGUCGCUGGCAGCUGGGAUAAUAAUGUGAGGUGCUGGGAGGUGCAGAGGGACGGCAAGACAGUGGGCAAGGCCCAGCAGACCAUGGGGGGCCCCGUGCUGGACGUCGCCUGGCAGGACGAUGGCACCAAGGUGUACAUGGCAAGUGCGGACAAGAGCGUCCAUUGCUGGGACCUCGGCAGCAACCAGAAGGUGCAGGUCGCCGCGCACGACGCGCCCGUCAAGACCGUCCACUGGAUCAAGGCGCCCACUUACUCCUGCAUCAUGACAGGCUCGUGGGACAAGACGCUCAAGUUCUGGGACACGCGUUCCCCCAACCCCAUCAUGAGCAUGCAGCUGCCGGAGCGCGUGUACUGCGCUGACGUCGACUACCCCAUGGCUGUCGUGGGCACAGCAAACAGGAACAUUAUUGUUUACUGGCUCGAACAGCAGCCCCAGGAGUGUAAACAGAUCGAGUCUCCUCUCAAGUAUCAGCACCGCUGCGUGAGCAUUUUCCGCGACAAGAAGAACACGCCCGCCGGGUUCGCAUUAGGUUCUGUGGAAGGUCGCGUGGCUAUUCAGUACAUCAACGCCCCCAACCCCCGCGACAACUUCACGUUCAAGUGCCACCGCAGCGCUAAUGGCACACCCAACGGAUUCCAGGAAAUAUACGCUGUCAACGACAUCAAGUUCCAUCCAACACAUGGGACUUUAGCCACCGUAGGUUCUGAUGGUCGCUUCAGUUUCUGGGACAAAGACGCACGGACAAAACUCAAGAACAGCGAGGCCAUGGAACAGAGCAUCUCUUGUUGCGCCUUCAACAACAACGGACAAAUUUUCGCGUAUGCCGUCAGCUAUGACUGGUCAAAGGGCCACGAGUCGUACAACCCCCAGAAGAAGAACUACAUCUUCCUGAGACCCUGCGUAGAUGAGCUCAAACCUCGUACGCGGUAGAGCCAAAUGUAAAUAGAUUAUUUACCUCUUGUUCGUAUAGGCUUGCUGUGUCUAUUGAUAUUCGGACCAAAUCCAUGUAAGGACAGAGUUUCACCUCACGUCAAUUCGUACAAAUUUUUCCCCGAAUGAUAAGUUACAAAUAGAAUCUAAUUUUGGCAUUUAUUUUACAUGACCUUGUCCGCAAUGAAAAAAAUUCUUCUGAACCUAUCAAAAUGUUAACAAUAAGAAAUUUUUGAACAAGUACAUAGUUUAUAGAGCGUCAUGUCACUACCAGUAGCGGCUGCCGGCUAAUAGCCUUCAUCCAUCUCGUCUUUAACACGUGUAGACAAAUUAUCCGUAACCCUGGUGCAAGGAUGUAUUUGUUCCGAUUGAAUGGUAGAUAUUGAACUAGCCUUCAGCUGGGCAUGCAGAGUAGUUACACUAUUAGCGAUACUAGUGACGCUACUUAGUGACACUCAUGGCGUAACAUUGUAUUACUUUGUGUAACUUCCACUGCAACGGUCAUACUUUACUGGAUAAAAACGGACAACUUCUGUAAACAUGUUAGUAGUUGCAGCUAGGACCUCAAUUGUACAGAAUAAAAGUAAUUCUAGUACGAAGCUAGUGUGUUGGCCGAUGCAUCCAAAAAGACUAAAGGCUUCCAAAAGGAAUUUUCUGUGCGCCCUCAUUUCAGCUCUUGCUACUUUGACGUGAAUUGUGCUAAUGAAUGAAAGAAUCUGUUAUUCUUUUGAAUCUUCAUUCAUUGAAUAUUAGUCUUUGUUCGGUUCCAUGCUGUUGAUGGCUACAUCAGUAACCUGCACACCUAAUUUUCAUCUCUAACUUGUCUUUAACUAAACUGACACUGAACUCAUUGCGGCAGUUUCAGCUGUCGACAUCUCCUAUCGAACCCAUUAAAUGAUUAAACCAAGCAUGGCAAACUCAGCCCAUAUUAUCUCAUAUUCUGAACCAAUGACCUCAUUCGAGGUGCUGUCCCGCGCGUAUGUGUUUUUGUAGAAUUGGAAGCUGUAUUGGGUGGUCCGUAAUGUACAAAACUGAUAACCUGGUGAUAUUUAUGGCAAUCACGCGCAGCUUAUUGAUCAUCAAGUGAAUACCAGCGAGCCGUGAAACUAAGAUUCGUAUUAUCUGUUUAGUUCUUGGUGACGCAAAUAAAGCUGAUUGUAUUGUUAGUUUUGCAGUAUGAAAUUCUGGUGUGAAUAGCUGUUUGAAUAAAAAAUGCAUUUCUUGGCAUCGGUAGACGAAAGCUUAGUAGGAAAACUAGAAACUUGACCUAUACUGUCGGUCUCUUGGUUAGUAAAUAAUUUUUUUAUUAGGGUAAUUCUACUUUUCGAUCGAGUUUGAGAAGGAAAGUUCUGCCUUGGGAGUGUUUUAAUUCAAAUAUUAACAACCAUAAAUAAUUACGAUUGGUGCAGUAUUUUCCCAUCUUAACACUUGUAAAUGAUUUUAAUUUAGUUAGCAUUCUUAUGACUUUUUGCCGGACCGAAAGUCAUAAAUCUCUUAUGAUCUCCUACUUGUCGUUCAAAAUGUUACAUUGGUAGUAAAUGAAAUCAAUUUUUAA